CACAAUAUUACUUUUGUUUCCGUUGAUUUGGCUCGUAAUCUGGUUAAAAAAUAAUAAAGUACUAUGUGAGAUGAUUGAAACUUAAAGUAGAAUCGAGAAUAUUCGAUAUUUCUAGUCUUUAUGUGCGCUCAGUUGGAUUUUUCCCAUGUAGAUGAACGUAGCAGUGUAGCCUUUAGUUUUUCGCGUUUUUUGCAGUGGUUUGUUUUUCUGUCUGCAAACAUGUCGGCUACAGAAACGAUGUACAUACUCCAUCACGGACUUCUGCUUCCCACUGAGACUCACUCCACAGACAGUCUGAAGUUUGCGCACGAGUUCCGGUUUAAAGACGAUGAUGUUGUUGCUGUGACAUACCCGAAGUCAGGUACUAUCUGGAUGCAGGAGAUCCUCCCGCUGGUGCUGAAUGGGGGAGAUCUGACCCCGAUCCACACCAUUCCUAACUGGGACCGAGUCCCGUGGCUGGAGGAGAGCAGGCUGGCGUUGGUCGUGGAUCAGCUGGUGUCUCCUCGGGCGCUGGUCUCACAUUUUCCCUACAACCUCAUGCCUCCUUCCCUCUCCACCUCCAAAGCCAAGGUGAUUUAUGUCAUGAGGAACCCGAAGGACCUCGUGGUGUCCUCGUACUACUUCCACCAGAUGGCUGAAUUCCUUGAGGAUCCGGGAACAUUUGAUGAGUUCAUGGACAAAUUCCUGGAGGGCAGAGUGCUGUUUGGAAAAUGGACGGACCACAUGAAGAGCUGGAUGAACACGGAGCUGGGGGACAGAAUAAUGUACCUCACAUUUGAAGAAAUGCUUCAGGACCUGCCUGCAGCUCUCAGGCGUAUUUCAAAUUUCUUGGGCCGCAAUCAUAGUGAAGAAGUCAUUCAGAAGAUAGCAGAGCAUUGUUCUUUCAAGGCCAUGAAGAGCAACACAAUGUCCAACUUCAGCCUGGUCCCAAAGGUGUACAUGGACAACGACAAGUCUCAUUUCUUCAGAAAAGGCAUCGCUGGAGACUGGGAAAACCAUUUCAGCUCAGAGCAACUGGCCCGAUUCAAAUCAGUCAUUCGGAAAGAGCUGGAGGGUGAAAGCUUCUCUCUGCCGUGGAGCAUGGACUGACCAAGAGCUGGAGCAAAGUAAAACCCUGAUCUGAAAUGAUUCAUACAUUCAGUCAUUACUGGGCCAAAAUGUGCAUAAUUACUUUUAGUGUUGAUUGUUGGGAAAGAGCAUUUUUUUGACAUUGUUAAUGUGUCAUCUUCAAAAGGUUUCAAGUUCUCAGGACUGACCUGCACAUACAAAAACCUUAAGCAUGAAUGAAACAUCUCUACAGAUACAGAGUAGAUGAGAUAUUUUGUGUCCAGGAUGUAAAUGCUGCAUUAACAAAAGCUCAGCCUGGACAUUAGACUCACUUGUUAAUUGGCAACAAAGAAAUGCUUCUAUAACACUGAUCAUUUGUAUCUCCCACCUCUGCUUAUUGCACAUUUAUACUGCAGCACCGGCCUAAUUUAGUUACUUUUCUGUUACUUAACAUGAUUAAAACAUGAUUUUGUGCUAAGUUGUGUAAAAAUCAUCCAAGUACAUGCUAAAUAUUGUCUUUAAAAAUGUGUUUUCUUACUAAUAAGCAAUAACUGGGCAACAAAUAUGGCAUUUUAUUUAUGGGGACAAGCUGCAAGGAGCUACUUCAUAAUUACGGUUCAAUGCAGUGACAGACUUUGUUGAUUUUUAAAUGAAAAGAAGUGAAUACAACCCCUGCAGUAAACGUGACAUUAGAAACUGAGUAUUUACUUUAAAUGAUAAUGCACAGAAACCUUCCUUCCUGUUCUAAAAUGCUUAGAUUUAACUCUGCAUUGUUGCCUCUUUUAGUACAUGCAGAUUUGUGAAUCUUGCUGCAGUUCUGGUUCAUCAUCUCACCUACAACUCUGCUCAAAGUUCAGUCAAAAGUCAUUGAGUAUUGAGUCAGUACUUGAUAAUCUUUAGUAUACAUCACAACUCGCUUUUUGUAGCAGCACGGCAUUUUUCUGUUCUUGAUUUAGUAAUUCUCAACAACUCUUCCUUACUUUAGCAUUCUAUGUUGGAUUUUUGAGGUUUGAGGUCAUUUUUCUGUUGCAGAAAUCAGCCUCCUUCACUGAGUGACUGGUUUUAACAAUAGCAAUUCUUGUUGUCUUACGAUGUCAGUUAAAGUUGAACUUGUUCUUCAAUUAUAGUUUUAGUGUAUGCCGGAGGGACUUUAUGUUCUUCUUGUCACUUCAAAAAUCAACAAAACGCAUAAUAAACCCAGUGAUGUCCAAACUUAUGCACACAACUGUACACAGUAAAAGCUUAAUUAUUAAAUAUACUGGUGACUGAUUUUUUUAAGUCAUGAAAUGCAGGUAAUUUGUGUAUUUGUGGGGUCGAUUACUGUUUUACAAAUCAAGAGAAAUUUUACCUAAAAAUGAUGUGAUGUAGAGCAGUUAGCUGAGUAUUUGACUACAGGAUUUGUUUUUACUGCUUUAACUCAAUAUUCUUCCAUUACAAUGUGCAAAACUCUCUAUUAUACAUGGUUUUAACUCACAUUUCACCCUUCAAUGAGGAUUUUCUUUUACUGGAUGAUUAUUAUGAUGAUGUUUUGACUUUUUAUUAUUACUGCAUUUCUAUUACUUGUUGCACAUUUGCUAAUUAAAGUAUACACUAAAUAAAGAGCAGUAGGAACUGUU